GCAUUAUUCUAUUAAUAUAAUUUAUCUUAUUUUUUUAAAAUAAAACAUGGCCGGUCACUACAACACGCUUGGUUUUGGUUGUAAGCUAAUCUCAAUCUGCCUUCAUCCAACGAGACGUUCACAUUUAACUCCAUUUCUUCCCUUCCACUGGUCCUCCUCUCUGAACACCACACAACAACAAACAACCGUCCACCACUACCAGUCCACAAAUCCCAACCUUUCCCACCGUUUUGGGUGCCACCAAUCGAAACCCAGUACCGAAAAUCCAACAAUGGAGUCCAUAGGCGUUCUCAUGCCAGCCCCAAUGUCCUCAUACUUAGAGCAAGAGCUCGAGAAGCGCUUCAACCUCUUGAAGCUCUGGACCGUCCCUCAAAAACCCCAGUUCCUCAAGGACCAUUCCAGCUCCAUCCGAGCCGUCGUCGGUAAUGCAGGGAACGGAGCGGACGCCGAGCUCAUCGAGAAAUUGCCGAAGCUGGAGAUCGUGGCCAGUUUCAGCGUCGGGGUCGAUAAGGUCGAUUUGAACAAGUGCAGGGAAAAGGGUAUUCGGGUCACCAACACGCCCGAUGUUUUGACCGAUGACGUGGCGGACCUUGCUAUUGGGUUGACGUUGGCUGUGCUGAGAAGGCUCUGUGAGUGUGAUCGGUAUGUGAGGAGCGGGCAGUGGAAGAAGGGUGACUACAAGUUGACCACCAAGUUCACUGGAAAAACAGUUGGCAUCAUCGGUCUGGGAAGAAUAGGCAAAGCAGUUGCAAAGAGAGCUGAGGCUUUUAGCUGCCCAAUUGCUUACUACUCCAGAACUGCAAAACCAGAGUUGAAGUACAAAUACUACCCAACUGUUGUGGAGUUGGCCUCCAACUGUGAUGUUCUAGUUGUUGCAUGCCCAUUAACUGAAGAGACCCGCCACAUUGUCAACAGGGAAGUCAUUGAUGCUUUGGGUCCAAAGGGUGUUCUCAUCAACAUUGGGAGAGGCCCUCAUGUUGAUGAAGUUGAGUUGGUAUCCGCUCUGGUAGAAGGCCGGUUAGGUGGGGCAGGGCUCGAUGUUUAUGAGAAGGAACCAGAAGUCCCCGAGCAGCUGUUUGGACUUGAGAAUGUGGUGCUCUUGCCUCAUGUGGGAAGCGGCACCGUAGAAACUCGCAAUGUCAUGGCUGACCUUGUGGUUGAGAAUCUUGAGGCUCACUUCUUGAAGAAACCAUUGUUGACACCAGUGGUUUAGUACUUGUAGUAUCUGAACAUGUUGUCCAUUUACCACAAAUGUCUUCUUCAAUAAUUUGUUUCUAUCAAACAAAAAGAGAUGGCUGUUUCUAGGAUUGGAAAUGAGUCUUGGUGAAACAACUGAUUGAAAUUUCUCGUUAAUUCAUUGAAGCAUGAAUCAGUACAUUUUAACCUUAA